UUCGAUGUCAGUAAUGGUGCAUUCAUGACACAAGUGCAUUGGCCUGGUGCUUGUAUUUUGCAGAUUGCGUUCUUCGUUGGACGCGUGUGUUUAUUGUGUAAAAAGAGUAAAUUGUUAAUACGCGUUAGAUCAUGUGUGCAGCAUAAAGUAAUAAUUCUGAUUCGGAAUAUCACGUUUACAAACCUAAAUAAUGAGUAUUGAUGCGUGGAUUUUGCUCGAGGAUAAAAAAACAAAUCUGUCUACCAGAAAUACUCGAUAUGUGAAAUGCAGAGACGUUGAGUGAUAAGAAUAUUAAAGAAUGUAUCCAUAUCGUCAAUGAAAUAUAAAUACACAUCUUCCGUAUCUGUCAGCUGCAAAAAAUGCAGCAGCAGGGAACUCCCAAGUUCCUAAAAUACCAUCAGAGCAGCGUCAGAAGUGUUGCUUUCAGUCCACGGGAUAGAUAUUUAUUUUGUUCUGGCGGAUAUGAUGGGAAGGUCAAUCUGUACUCUGCUUUACGCAUGGAGUUUCUUAUGUGUUAUCAAAUUACUAGAAUGACAUUGGCCAAAAAUGUUAACGCAGUGCGGUUUACUUCCGAUGGCUCCAGGAUAUUAGCUGCAACAACUGCAAGAAGGCUUGUCGUGGUUGAUGUAGAAAGAGGGGAACAGCUUUUGGCUUAUGAUAACUGUGCCUUCAGUGGAAGAGACAGGACUGGGUUAGCUACUGAUCCAUCGGGUCCAAACAUGGCAGUGGCGGUAUUCGUUAAUGGAAAAGGACUUACACUGCUAGAUUUGAGGAUGCCGUUACCUCUGGAUUACAUCUACGAUUUGCACGGUUCAGUCAUCAGAGAUGUAUGUUUCUUGCACUCUUCGUGGCCUUGGCAGAGUUCUAUACUAACCGGUGGUACGGAUGGAACGUGUAAAAUUUCAUCCAUUGAUGGUCGAGUGCUCCAUGCUUAUCAAACUGGCCAUACUGUUAACUCAGUAUGCGUUACACCUGAACGGUUCACACGAGGUUCGGAAGAUGAAUUUUACAGCUUGAUCAUGAGUGGGGGUGACCUGAUAUCGGCUUACGUACCAGAUACCGGUAUUCAGGAGCACCUCAAAGAGCACAAGGACUUUCCAGUAUGGAAACUCAGGUACACUUCAAACGGAAGUACUUUAUACUCUGCUUGCGACGGCGGUAUUUUGAGACGAUACAGGAGAUACCCUGAUCACCACGAGUUUCUUGGUGAAGUGUAUCGACAUAAGGGUGACAUUCAGGACUUCGAUUUGUCUCCUUAUGACGAUUGUAUCCUUACCCGAUUUGCUAUAUAGUGACUGCAUCAAAAGACCAAAGCGUUGGGGUGCUUUUGUUGGGUCCACCAAACCACGGUUUCACCGAAUACAUGGAACUCACAUGAUGAUUUACAUUACUUCGAUCCGUCCUUAUAUUUUCUGAUUAGCGCUCUAUUUAACCGGGUAAUUAUUGCGUAGCAGAAAGACACGAAUUCACAAAAAUAAGGCUGUUGAUCAUAGCCUAUAAUCCAGGUGUUCGAUCUUCAUAAUUUCAUCGUUAUAUAUACACUAGGAAUUAUCACUGUUGGUGUUCUUGUUACUCUUUUUAUUAAAAAAAUCUAAGGGGGUAAACUUUAUUGAAUCACGCUGAAAAAUGGCGGGUGAUACUUGAGAUGUGUUUUAAAAAUUGGAGCAAUUUUAUCUAUGCUAGGCAAAUAUGUUCAUUUAUUGCAAGAUUACUACGUCAAACUUGUUCAAAUUAUUUCUGAAUGAGAUAUACCCCAAUAAUUAUACGUCGUUGAUACAUGUUGUUGCAUUUUAAUAAAAUUCAUGUUUUACGUUCA